CCCCCCCCCCCCCGGGUCUCGCCCGCCUCCGUCUCAUCUCCUCUCACCUAGGGCUCGCGCGCCGCCUCCUCCCGGCGCGAUCCCUCCGCAGCGCCGAUCCCCGCCUCUCCGAUCGCCCAAGUUAAACAAAAGGCUACUCAAUUGCUGGGGAUCUACUUCUACAGUUGACCCAACCAUGGAAAACGUACCAAAUGGCUCAGUAAAUAUCGCCGAUCAUAACCAGGAAAACAAGAAGUCUAGGGAUGCUAGUGAGCCUGAAGAAGUACCAGAUGUCUUUGUUUACAGAGAAGAUGUUGUCAGCUUAAAGUCAAAGGAGGAUUCCCAUGGAUUAGUGUUGGAGGUAGCGGGGGAGUAUGAUUCCGAUGGCAGCAUCACUGAUGACGAUGGUAUUGAUACUGAGGAGCAUAGACAUAAAAAUACUUCUGGGGCUGAAAAUGGUGGUGCUGAUGGUGAUAAUGCCAGUAAUGGAGCUGAUGUUGAAAGCCAGAGUUCUUUGCCGGAGAACAAAGUCCGGGUGUUAUGGAUAGAUGGUAGUGAAAAGACAGAAGAUAUUGAUGAUGUAGUUGUUGUCGACAGAAGUUUCCUUCAUGGAGAUUUAGUUGCUUCUGCUUCAGAUCCAACUGGUCAGAUGGGGCUUGUCGUUGAUGUCAAUCUUGUUGUUGAUUUGCAAGGUGCCAAUGGAGAUAUGAUAAAGGGUGUAUCCUCUAAAGAUUUGAGACGUAUCAGAGAAUUUAACGUUGGUGAUUAUGUUGUCUCUGGGCCAUGGCUUGGUAGAGUUGAUGAAGUCUUAGAUAAUGUUAAUGUGUUGUUUGAUGAUGGCUCUGUCUGUAAAGUCAUCAGGGCAGAUGCUAUGCGCCUAAAGGAAGCAUCGGGCCCAAUUCAUCCGGAUACAGCUUGUCCCUUUUAUCCAGGACAACGUGUGAGGGCAGCGUCAUCAUCUGUUUUCAAAACAUCCAGGUGGCUUAAUGGAGUGUGGAAAGCAAAUCGUCUUGAAGGUACUGUUACAAAGGUGGAAAGCGUUGCUGUUAUAGUCUAUUGGAUUGCAUCUGCACACUUCGCUACAGAUCAGCAAUCUGUUCCUCUGGAGGAGCAGAACCCGAAAGAUCUGACUCUUUUGUCUUGUUUCUCAUAUGCAAACUGGCAAUUGACUGACUGGUGCCUUCCUUACCGAUAUGCAUCAGAAACAAAAGUGCUAAACUCUGAUGAGCAUACUGGAAACAACGGUACAUGUUCGGAAAGCUCAACUCUACCGUCUGAUAUUCCUGAAUCUCAAGCUGAUGUUCAGACUGAACAAGAUCAAAGGACCUAUACAGAUUCAAAUCGCAGGGAGGCAGAUGGUGAGUCUCAUGCUGAUGGAUUGAGGAUGUCAGGUGGAGAUAAUUCAUGUGUAGCCAAAGAAUCAGAAUCAGGAACUAGUGUAUCGACCAUCCUAAAGGAGGGACCACAGGACAAUGCAAUAUAUAGAAAAAAGUUUAGGAAAGUGUUUCUAAAAAAAGACAAAAGAACAAAAAGAAGAGACGAGAGCUUCGAACGUGCUCUACUCAUAGCAAAUACGUAUACCAAAGUUGAUGUAAUCUGGCAGGACGGCACAAAGGAAUAUGGAGUAACUUCAACAUCACUGAUCCCUAUCCACAGUCCAAAUGACCAUGAAUUCUUCCCAGAGCAGUAUGUUGUGGACAAGGUCUCAAAUGACGUCGAUGAUUCUUCUGAACCAAAGCGUGUGGGUCUCGUUAGAAGUGUUAAUGCGAGGGAUCGAACUGCAUCUGUAUCAUGGUUUAAGCCUUCACUAGUACCACUACACCCAGAAGAGCCCAAAGAAAUCGAGGGUAAUGAAAUUGUGAGUGCAUAUGAACUGGAUGGCCAUCCGGAUUAUGAUUAUUGCUAUGGAGAUGUUGUUGUUCGCUUGCCAUCUGUUUCACUUCCUAGUGAAUCAACCAAUAGCGAUAACAAAAUGGAACUGGAUAGGAAUGUAGAUUCCUCAGAAGGAUUGGCUGCUUCAGAUGUGGCACCCCUUGAUGUUAGUGCAGAGGAACAGUUUCCGCAGAAGGAAUCCAGUUUGGUAUUUACAAGCCUUUCAUGGGCUGGAAAUAUAGUUGGCUUUCAAGACGGUGAGAUUGAAGUCAUUUGGGGUGAUGGAUUGAUGUCUAAGGUUGGUCCUCAUGAAAUAUAUGUUGUUGGUCGCGAAGAUGAUGGUGCCUCAUUAGAUGACGGAGUUGCCUCUGACGGUGCUAGCUGGGAGACUGUUGAUGACAAUGAAAUGGAUUUACUUGAUGAUACUGCAAAGGACGAUUCACAAAAUGUACCUGAGAAUAGUAUUGAAAGGGAAAAUGAUUCAUUCAGUUCCCAGGAUGGAAGUUCUGUUGCAACUGGUCCACUCUCUGUUGCUUUUGGCUUUGUGACCCGACUGGCGAGUGAGCUCUUUGCUCGGGGUAAAAAGCAUUUAGAUGGAUCAAAUUCUGAUGCUAUGGAUGAAGUUGAAUCUCGCCAGUCUAAUGAGGUUUCAGAAGCUGGUGAUGACAUUGAAAAAAUCGAGGAGAACCAUGUGGUAACACCAGGGUAUACCGCAGUGAUAACAAAUGAAUCUUCUGCUGGCAAGUCUGUAGAUGUGGUUAUGACUGACAAUCCUGCAGUUUCGGAAUGCUUCAAACACUUUGAUAUUCUGCAAUGUCCUCUGGACCACCACUACCUUGAAAACACAGCACAGGGUACGGGUGGAAGAAAGUGGGUCAAAAAGGUACAGCAGGAAUGGAGCAUACUUGAGAAGAACCUACCAGACUAUAUUUACGUCAGGGUAUUUGAGGAUCGCAUGGAUCUCAUAAGGGCCGUGAUUAUUGGUGCAAGCGGAACACCCUACCAAGAUGGCCUGUUCUUCUUUGACUUCCACCUUCCACCUGAGUAUCCGCAAGUUCCUCCGUCAGCAUACUAUCAUUCUGGUGGUUUGCGUGUGAAUCCAAACCUGUAUGUAGAUGGGAAAGUUUGCUUAAGCCUCUUAAAUACUUGGACUGGCAGAGGGAACGAAGUGUGGGAUCCAUCAUCAUCAAGUAUUCUCCAAGUACUAGUUUCACUUCAGGGCUUGGUUCUCAAUGAAAAGCCCUAUUUUAAUGAAGCUGGAUAUGAGAAGCAAGUUGGUACUGUUGAAGGGGAGAAGAAUGCAGUGCCUUAUAAUGAGAACACAUACCUCCUGAGCUUGAAAUCCAUGUUAUAUAUCUUGAGACGGCCUCCUAUGCAUUUUGAUGAUUUUGCGAAAAGCCACUUCCGCAAGCGUGGUCACUACAUCCUUCAAGCUUGCGAGGCCUAUUUGCAAGGAAAUGUGGUUGGCACACUCACUGACGAUGCUUGUACCACCGACAGAAGCAAGGAGCACUCUAGCUCUGUUGGUUUCAAGCUUGCGUUAGCAAAAAUUUUACCACGGUUGAUCACAGCACUAAAGGACACCGGAGCUGACUGCGAUCAAUAUGACCACCUUGGAAAAAUAGACACUGUUCAAGAAAGUUGAUCAGUGAGUCACUUGUACUUGGGUCUUUCUUCUUCUUUUUUUUUUUUUGGUUUCAGAAAGAUGGUAACUCCACUGGCUGUUUUCGUAUAAAUGUACAUUUAACAUUUGUUGUUUCAAUUUGAACAUUUGGAAAAUGUGGCUCCAAAUGAAUUCUUCCCAAACAAGGAACUGAGCUACCCUGUACAGUUGGUGUUUUUGUCAAGCUUGCAGGGUUAUAUCAAAACCAGGGUAGCAAAACUGGAACCAGGCCUAGGAAUUCCAGGAAUAGAGAUUUGAGGUCUACUAAAGUUUUUUUUUUUGUUUUGUUUCACGAAUUCACACUUCUGCAAGAGCAUUACCUGGCAAUGACAAUUGUAAUUUGAGAUGAGAAAUACAGACGUUGUUGCCCACCA